AUGGAACAGAACAACCAAAGGAUGGAGAAAGUUGAAUCAGACGUGCAAGGAAUGGCCACUCAUCUGAAGAAUAUUGGCAUACAGAUCAACCAGAUUUCCCAAACUGUGAGUGCUAAUACUCAACCGGGAAAGUUUCCAUCAAAUACUAUCAUCAAUCCCAAGGACUGCAAAGCUAUACAUCUGAGGAGUGGAACAAGCUAUGAGGGACCUCCAAUGGCAUCCGAAAAUGAGGAUAGAGUAGCAGAAAAGAAAGCUGAAGAGAAGGAAUUGGUCGAAGAAAAUGAGACUGUGCAUAUUUCUACUCCACCUAAGGAGAACACGGCUAUACAUUCACCUACACCACCUACAGCUCAUAGUCCAGCUGAAGUGAGGAUCCCUUAUCCUCAACGUGUUCAGAAGAAGAAGACAGAUGCUCAGUUUUCAAUGUUCUUAGACAUCUUUAGGAAGGUUAACUUGAAUAUCCCAUUGGUGGAGGCACUUCAAGAAAUGCAUACAUAUGCAAAGCUCCUAAAAGAUGUGCUCUCCAAGAAGAAGAGGUGGACUGACUAUGAGACGGUGAACAUAUCUGAAAACUGUAGUGCCAUAAUUCAGAAAAAGCUACCGGCCAAGCUUAAAGAUCCUGGCAGUUUCAACAUCUCAUGCGUCAUUGGAAAUGACAGACAUACAAAGGCACGUUGA